AUGGUCUCUUAUCCGCCCUCCUCAGCCGACCGGCAAAGCAGUUCAAGAUCGGCCGGUGCGAAUGGGAGCGCGAAGUCAGAAAGGACUCCAGGGACACCGCGAAGAGAAAGAAAGGAAAAGGCUGUGCAAGAUCCGGGCCUUAAAGACUACCGUUUAGGAGAAUGUCUCGGGAAGGGAGCUUUUGGUUCGGUCUACAAGGCGUUCAAUUGGGGUACAGGGGAAGCUGUGGCUGUGAAGCAAAUCAAGCUGGGAGACCUUCCGAAGAGCGAAUUGCGGAUGAUUGAGCAUGACAAUAUUGUCAAGUAUCUUGGUUUCGUUAAGUCUUCUGACUGCUUGAACAUAAUUCUGGAGUAUUGUGAAAACGGUUCAUUACACUCGAUAUGCAAAAGCUAUGGGAAAUUUCCCGAAAACCUGGUUGGCGUUUACAUGGGACAAAUUCUUCUAGGUCUACAAUAUCUUCACGAUCAGGGUGUUAUUCAUAGGGACAUAAAGGGCGCGAAUAUUCUUACAACUAAAGAUGGGAAGGUCAAGCUUGCGGAUUUUGGUGUGUCUACCAGCACUCUUGCUGGAGCAGAUAAAGAAGCACAGGUCGUUGGGACGCCUUACUGGAUGGCCCCGGAAAUCAUACAACUUUCUGGCGCAACUCCUGCGUCUGAUAUUUGGAGUUUGGGUUGCACAGUAAUAGAACUGCUUGAGGGUAAGCCACCGUAUCACAAAUUGGCUCCCAUGCCUGCCUUGUUUGCUAUUGUCAAUGAUGACCACCCUCCUUUGCCCGAAGGAGUAUCACCAGCAGCAAGAGAUUUUCUCAUUCAGUGUUUUCAAAAAGACCCAAACCUAAGAGUUUCUGCUCGGAAAUUGUUGAAACAUGCUUGGAUUGUGGGCUCACGGAGGACUGAUGCUCCUGUUGCAAAGCCCCCCACAAACUUCAAUGAAGCAGUAGAAGAGGUAAAGCAGUGGAAUGAAGCCCUGAAAUCACCCGCAGCUGCCGGAUCAUUUCGUACUUCUACAAGGUCGCAGCAGCUUGGCAGUCCUUUACCAGCUCGUCGAGACCCUCCUCUAAGAAGUAUUCACAAUGACUCGCAAAGCAAUAUCGUCACACCUCCCAAGGGCCGUCUAUCUAUGUCGAAACCGAAAAGUUUGGCAAGUUCUUUUAGGUCUCCAGAAACUGCAGCGGAUGAUAAUUGGGAUGAUGAUUUCGCCUCUUCUAUUACUCCAAGCGCGCUUCAACUUCCGCACCUGAAACCUCAUGACAAUUUUGGGGGUCUACUUUCCGCCGACCGCCUCAAGUCUUUCGCAUCGUUUGAGUUUGCAAAUGAUGAAGCUGACAAUUGGGAUAAUAAUUUUGAGGGUGAUCUCGUAACGAUCAAGGGUCCAAAUACCCAUGUCGAGACGGAUGGCCAUGAAUUAGAGACUAUUCGACCUUAUAGAAUCAAAGCUCCCUCGGAAAUCGACUUUGAAGAAGAUAUCUCUCCUAGAAGUUAUUCGAGAAAGCCGUCUAUACCUCCUCCCCGACCGAAGUCUCCAGUGAAGGCUCGGGCGGAAGGGAAAUUUGCCUUACCUUUAAGGCCAGCGAUAAUGUAUCGCGAGAAUACCGUGGAGGAUUAUUCAGACUUGUUCGUUGACAAUGAUAGUAUUUUUGAUAAAAGAUUGGAUAUAAUUAAAGAUGAUGCCCUUUCUCCGAAACUAUUCCACCCGUCUGACCUGACAAGCAUUCCGCGCUCUGCACAAUCUCCUACUACAAAUGGAGGUAGCAGUUUGCGACGAAAAACCACGCCGAAUUCUCAUGAAAGCUCUAUGCAUCGGACUAACUCAUCGGUUGAGAUACAAAAGUAUGCGGAGAAUGAGGAUGACGAAGAUUUUUCAGAUAUCUUUGAUCCAAGAGGGGCUGUAGUUCCGAGGAUUGAGAGUGAUAAGGGCUCGGAAGAAGCAUUAAUGAUUAACUCAAAGCUCUCGAACAAUUCCUGGCUUGGUGAUGAAGAUGAUGAAGAUGACCCUUUUGCCUCGCUGGAGCAAGGUUUUGAUGAGAUGGAUUUGCAAGCCAACAUUGCCAGAGACAAACAUGCUCGGCUGUGCGCGUCGGUCGAAGGAUUAGUGAGCUCAUUGAAAGCAACACAAGCUGAGGAUGUCUUAUCUGAAUUAUCGGAACAACUGCUUGAUGUUUUAUAUGAGUCUGAAGAUGCAAAGGGCUUGAUCAUCAGUGCUCAUGGAAUGCUUCCAAUUCUGGAGAUACUGGAACCCUGUAACUUGAAAAGUCGUCAAAGUAUGAUAUUGAGAUUACUAAAGGUUGUGAACGCCAUCAUUUCGAACGAUGUCGAGAUACAAGAAAAUUUAUGCUUCGUUGGAGGAAUUCCCAUUAUUACAAAGUUUGCUGUUAGGCAAUACUCAAAUGAGAUACGUCUUGAGGCAGCUGCUUUUGUAAGACAAAUGUACCAGACCUCUACAUUGACACUUCAAAUGUUUGUUAGCGCUGGUGGAUUGAAUGUUCUUGUCGAGUUUCUCGAUGAAGAUUAUGAUGAUGCUAGAGAUUUGGUUCUCAUUGGUGUCAAUGGUAUUUGGAAUGUAUUUGAGCUUCAGGGACCAACUCCAAAGAACGACUUUUGUCGUAUCUUCUCAAGAAGCAAGAUUUUAUCUCCACUAGCACUCGUUCUAGAUCGUGUGCUAGAUGAAGAAGAUGAACUUUCUGAAUUGAUUGAGGGUCGCAUUGUCAACAUAUUCUAUCUUUUUUCGCAAGCAGAAAACUACGUCAAAGAGGUCGUGGCUGACCAUGUAGUACUCAAGCGAGUUCUCAAAGAUCUGAGACGUAUGACACCAGUGCAUCAGAUAACUAUGCUCAAGUUCAUCAAGAAUUUAUCCAUGCUGUCAACAACCCUCGAAUCAUUACAUGCCGCAAACGCCAUUGAACUUUUAAUUGAUCUACUGAGCUCAAGUAUGAAGCGUACGCCUGAUCAUUUCCGCGAAAUCUCUAACCAAGUUUUGAAUACUAUGUACAACUUAUGUCGACUCAGUAAAGAGCGGCAGGAAGACGCAGCUUUCAAUGGCAUAAUACCAUUACUUCAACGAAUUAUGAAAACGAAACGGCCCCCGAAAGAGUUUGCCCUUCCUAUUUUAUGUGAUAUGGCUCAUUCUGGCAAGGUCGGACGUAAAUAUCUUUGGCAGAAUAAAGGAUUACAGUUUUAUGUUUCAUUACUGGAAGACCAAUAUUGGCAGGUGACCGCUUUGGACGCUAUAUUCAUUUGGCUCCAAGAAGAGACUGCCAGGGUUGAAAAAGCUUUGCUGGAGGGUAGUUUUACUGCCAUGAUAGUACAAUGUUUUGCUGCACCCAAGGCGAAUGCUUUUGAUUACAACUUACUGGAGCCUUUACAAAAGCUCCUACGAUUAAGUUCGCCUAUUGCCGGUUCUCUUGCUCGAACUGAUCUUUUCACUGGUAUCUUACAAAAGCUUACUCACAAGAAGGCUGUUGUACGACUGAAUUUGCUACGUAUCGUUCGCAGUAUAUGCGAUGCUAGUGGGGAUGAAGCAGAAAGCAUUAGGCAUCAUGCAUUAUUCGAAGUAAUUCAGCAUCUUGCCGAAAACGACAGCGCUGUACGCUCGGGUAUCUCGUCAGCGACGUCUAUUAGCAAUGAAUCGGGAGCCAAUGAGAGAGUCGACGAGAGAGAGAGAGCCAAUGAGGGAGCCAAUGAGAGAGUCAACGAGAGAGCCAAUAAGAGAGCCGAUAAGAGAUUUGACGAGAGUCCCAACGAGAGAGUCGAGAGAGUCGACAAGGGAGUUGACGAGAGAGUCGAGAGAGUCGAUGAGAGAGUCGACAAGGGAGUUGACGAGAGAGUCGAGAGAGUCGAUGAGAGAGUCGACAAGAGAGCCAACGAGAGAUUUGACGAGAGUGCCAACGAGAGAGUCGAUGAAAGAGCCAAUGAAAGAGUCAACGAGAGAUCCAAUGAGAGAGUCAACGAGAGAGCCAAUGAAAGAGUCAACGAGAGAUCCAAUGAGAGAGUCAACGAGAGAGCCAAUGAAAGAGUCAACGAGAGUGCCAACGAGAGAAUCGAGAGAGUCGUUGAAAGAGUCGACGAGAGAGUUGACAAGGGAGCCCAUAAGAGAGCCUAUAAGACCUACGACUUCAAAUGCAGCCGCCGUGCCAGAACAUAA